CACAAGAACCCACUUACCCAGUCUCUCUCCCUCGUGCGGCCUGCGGCCGUUCCUCACGAGGCCACGACCCACUCCUCUGCCACGAACUAGCCUUCUCCCUCCCCCUGCGCACACCUUCCUCCAUGCCCGGCGAGAUCUGCUGCAUUGACCUCCAUUGACCUGGCCCUCGCGUUGGCCCGUCUCCACCGAGUCUAAUCCUCCUACGCCGGAGCUCCUCCCUCCUAGGCCUUCUUCUCUGCCAAACCGGUAGCGAAGCACCCCGCGCGAGCAGACGCGUUCCCCAGCCCCGGACCGGCGGCGACGCGACCCCGCGCCCUGCUUCUCCCUGCCGGCGUCAUCCUGCACCCUGCAGUGUCGAUCCCUCGCCAGGUCGAGGCAUCCCGUGACUGGGAGUUCGAUUCCUGCUGGAUCCAGGCCCUUCGCGUCCAACAACGACAACAAAAGAGGGCAGCGAUUGCUACGGUCGCCCCCGCAGAUUCAACCGGAGACGGCCCCCUCUGCUCGCGCGCCCCUCGGAGAUCCCCUACAGUUCAACUCCCUGGCCGCGAAGUACAGGGAGGGUUCUCUUGAAGCCUUGCCUGAAACUCUCCGUCCAAAGCCAUGACUGCAGGUGUCAUGUGGACGACGGCGAGGUGGAUGCGGCGUAGUACCUCACUAAAUUCCCCUCUCGCUCUUCGUCCACAGGGUGAGCCGUUCUGAACUUGAAGUAUCAAUUCACCGAAGCAACAUCAGCAACAAUACGUGCAAGCAAACAAGCAAGCAGGGAGGCUGGUUGAUUGAUGAAGAGUAGCCGCAGCCUCCUCAUAGGGCCUCACUAAAUUCUAAAACGGUGUCAAGGCAACAUGGUUUUGUGCACACGCCCACGCAAGAAGCUUCAAAAUCUACUUCGAGGUGUUGUACAAAUCAAAUAUUAGUUACUCAUGCUAGAAGAAACAAGGGGAAAACAAUGGAAAAGGAGUUGCAAUUAGGAUGAACAAGGCGAGGAAAAAUCAAACCUUCUCUUUCUUUUCCUCCUCUGCACCCUGGUUCAUUUUUAGCAAGCAAGCAAGAUUUUUGCUACACACUUCAAGAGUUUUGUAAAACAUGAGGCAUCUGAGAGGGCACAUCAAGAUGGAAGCUCACCUUCAGGUCCAUGCCCACCGAGGGGCGGCAGUUGUGGCAAUGGAGGAGAGGACAGAUGGAGAAGGGGAGGUCAAGGGGGGAUGUUUGGGGAGGUAGCGACUGGGAAGGAGGGAAGGAGGGUUUGCUGUGUCGGCGUGAGCCUAACGCUAAUGUUGGGAACGGAGCAGCAGUUGCGAUUAUGACAGAUUCUCAAGGGGGCCGUUUUUUUCCUUUUUUGGUUUGCCAGCUGGAUCCAGGGAGAGGUCCACUACUAAUUUUGGGGUGUGUGCCGUGGACUGCUAGCCAGCCAGCGAUUGCUGGCUAGUCGCGUCCUUUUUGCAUAUGGAAAAAGAGGUAAUAGCACCCCAGGUAUCCUAACUUGCACCCAAUGUGAUGAUCUAGUCCCAAAGUUGCAAAACUAGAUCAACUCAUACCCCAACUUGCAACCAAUGUGAUGUUUUAGUCCCAGGCCAAUCAGAGCUCGCCAAUUGGCUGCCAAGUGGCCCGGCCGGUUAGCGCCUGUAGUUUUGCACAAACCCCCCUGCCGUUUCACUGAUUCAACCCGCAGUUACCCCCCACCUGAAUUAAAUCUGUGCUCGACGAAAUUCCGCUGAGAAGUUGGUGCUUGCGUGCGCAGUUCCCGCUCAUGUCCAAGAGCCGCAAGAUCAGCCGCAUGCUUGCCGAGCAGGACGAGCAGCGUCUAGAGGGCCAGCGGCGGCGGCGGAGUGGGAGUUCUGAAGGCAAUGUCGAAGAGCAUGCUACGGCGGAAACAGAGAUUGAGGAAGCAGAGGAGGAGGACGGGGACGAGGAGCAGCAGCAUGUUAGGAUUCAUGACGGGAAGUCGUACCGCAUCACCUUCCCGGACUUUCCCGGCGGGCCGGGCACCUUCGAGGCGGCGGCCAAGUUCUGCUACGGCGUCCGCGUCGAGCUCACGCCCUGGAACGUCGCCCCGCUGCGGUGCGCGGCCGAGUACCUGGAGAUGACGGAGGAGCACUCCGAGGACAACCUGUCUGCACGCGCCGAGGCCUACCUCUCGCAGUCUGUGCUCCGCCACCCCGGCGAGGCCACCAAGGCGCUCAAGUCCUGCGAGGAGCUGCUGCCGCACCCGAGGAGCUCGGCAUUGUCGCCCGCUGCGUGGACGCCAUCGCCGCGCGCUCGUCGGCGAUGUCGCGCUCCUGGUUCGGCGACCUGGCCGUGCUCGCUGCUGGCGUCCAUGGCUUCCCCGCGAGCGCGGCAUCCGAAUCCUCGUCUGCAGCGGCCGGCGACGGCGGUGCGUCACGCCGCUGGCCCGAGCGAGGCGUGGCAGAUGACAACGGUGCAGGAGAGCCAAACGCUGCGGGUGGACAUGGACGGCAUGAUGAGCCGGGUGCAGGGCCUGGAGAGGGAGUGCUCCAGCAUGCGAAGGGCGAUCAAGAAGAUCGACGGCGGUGGCGCCGCGUCGCAAGGCAGGGGCAGCCCGGACGUGGCCGCCCCGACGGGCUGGCGGUCGAGGUACCGGUGCAAGUUCAGCACGCAGGUGUGCGACUCGCAGGCGCGCGACGCGGUCGUGUCCACGGCGUCCAGGAUGGGUGUCCAGGGCGUCCGUUGAUAAAAGGAAAUGGCAGGGGGGUUUUGUGCAAAACUGCAUGUGUUGACCGGUCCAGCCACCUGGCAGCCAAUUGGCGAGCUGUGAUUGGCCUGAGACUAAAUCAUCACAUGAGAUGCAAGUUGGG